ACACACACAACCCAUCCAGCCCGGCCCUCCCCUCCCCUCCUCUCCCGGGGCUGAGCCCGAGCCCGAGCCGAGGCCUCGCUGUCCUUCCCGUCCCUGCCCGCCAUGUCGACCCUGAGGAGAGCGGGACCCAGGAAGGUCGAGGACAGAAACCAGGACGGCGACCAGACCCGGCCCGGCAUGAUAAAGAACAAAUCCAAGCGAGCAACCUGGCAGAAGUGGUUCACAGUUGCAGUAUCAGUUACACUAUCUGUUGUUAGUACGGUUGUACUCUGGGAUUAUCUGCAGGAGGAUGACUUCAAAGAAGUGUUUGCUCGACAGACGGAUAUCUUGGAAGGAAAGUUUUUCGAAGUACCAUGUUCCAAAGAUUAUGAAAGUAACAAACGAUUUGCAGGUUGUACUCCAACAAAAUGCGGCAGAGCGGUGCAAGACACAGUGGUUAAUCGAGAGGAAGCUUUGAAGAUGCUACGCAUAGCAAAGAGAGGCCUAUCGCUGGGUGGCUCGGAUGGUGGGGCCUCCAUUCUUGAUCUGCACUCGGGUGCUCUCUCCAUGGGGAAACAGUUUGUCAAUAUCUAUAGGUACUUCGGCGAUCAAAUAAAUGAUUUAUUUGACGAAGAAGACUUUGCAUUAUACAGCAAUGUGAGGUGGCGGAUUCAGAAGGAAAUUGCUGAAGCAUUUGGGAUCGACAUAACUCGCUUGCACCUCACAAAGCCCACAUUUUUCUCAAGGAUGAACAAUACAGAAGCCAAGACAAUGCAUGAUGAAUAUUGGCACCCGCACAUUGAUAAGGUGACGUAUGGAUCAUUUGACUACACUUCAUUACUCUACUUGUCUGACUACAAGAUUGAUUUUGGAGGUGGAAAAUUUGUGUUUGUUGAUGAGCUUGUUAACAGAACUGUGGAGCCGCGAAUAGGUCGAGUUUCGUUCUUCACAUCUGGCUCCGAAAAUCUUCACUAUGUGGAAAAGGUAUCAUGGGGCACCCGGUAUGCCAUCACAGUGUCCUUCACAUGUGAUCCUGUCCAUGCCAUUCAAGACCCUUCGUUACCAUGAACUGGUUGACAGCCUGAAGAGUUAAGGGUUGAAGAGCAUCUUAUUCCUGGAAAGUAUUUCAUGAAAACACAGCCAUUAAUCACUUACACAUUUUAACUAGUAGAAACAAAGAACUGCAGAUGAGGUUUUAUACCAAAGAUCGAUACAUCGCUGGAGUAACUCAGCGGGUCAGGCAGCAUCUCUGGGGAAAAAAAGGAUUACGUCACGUUUUGGGACAGAACCUUUCUUUGGACUGACCCAAAACACCACAUCCUUUUUAUCCAGAGAUGC